GCGAGUCGAUCUGCCGCGCGUUUCCUUCCGGGAGAGGCGAGACGCUUCACGUUUCCUCCUCUAUUUCGACGCUAGCUUUCGGCAGGACAGCAGCAGGAGUAGUGGGCUGAAUGGCGCACGACGAGGAGACGGAGGCGACGGCGCUGGAGUUCACACCGACGUGGAUCGUCGCGGGGGUCUGCUCGCUCAUUGUGCUCCUCUCGCUCCUGGCCGAGCGAGGCCUCCACUACCUCGGCAAGAAGCUCCAGAAGAAGAACCAGAGGCGCCCGCUCUAUGAGGCGCUGCUCAAGGUCAAAGAAGAGUUGAUGCUUCUGGGGUUCAUCUCCCUGCUGUUGACGGUGUUCCAGGGGAGCAUCCAGAAGACAUGCAUCCCUGAAGGAUGGACAUUCGACAUGCUGCCAUGCAAGAAGCCAGAUGUGCACGCCGGUAGGCGACAUGCCACCAAGAAGCAUUUCGUUGCUGUUGGGACUACCCUUGGCAGGAUCGGUAGGCGGCUGCUGAGUGCAAACGUUUUGUCUGAGCACUGCCAUAAUAAGGGGAAAGUUCCACUUCUGUCCCUUGAAGCCACACAUCAGCUGCACAUUUUCAUAUUUGUUAUGGCAAUCACACAUGUUCUUUUCAGCUGCACAACUAUGCUUUUAGGAAGUGUACAGAUACACCGAUGGAAACGGUGGGAGGAUGAAAUUCAGAAAGAUGCUGCUGAAAAUGGGCAUAAGAAGGUAACCCAUGACGAAUUCGGUAAAGAUUCUAUAAUAUCGAGUUGGCUGCAUUCUUUUCUUAAGCAGUUUUAUAGAGCGGUAUCUAAAUCAGAUUACAACACAAUGCGUCAUGGUUUUAUCAUGACUCACUGCCCUUCCAACCCAAAAUUUGAUUUCUAUGGAUACAUGGUAAGGGCUUUAGAAGCUGAUUUUAGGAAAGUAGUAGGCAUCAGCUGGUACUUGUGGAUCUUCGUGGUGAUAUUUCUAUUCCUGAAUGUUGACGGUUGGCACGUAUACUUCUGGAUUUCUUUCCUUCCCCUUAUUCUUCUGUUAGCUGUUGGCACUAAGCUGGAGCACAUCAUAGCUGAGCUAGUCCAUGAUGUAGCUAAGAAGCACACAGCUAUCGAGGACGAUGUGAUCGUAAAACCAUCAGAUGAACACUUCUGGUUCGGCAAGCCUAGGAUUAUCCUUUACCUGAUCCACUUCAUCCUGUUUCAGAACUCAUUUGAGAUUGCGUUUUUCUUCUGGAUACUGACAACUUACGGAUUCGACUCAUGCAUCAUGGAGUCUGUUGGUUUCAUCGCGACGAGGCUUGUCAUGGGGGUUGUUAUUCAGCUUAUAUGUAGCUACGUCACCCUGCCUCUGUAUGCAAUUGUAACUCAGAUGGGGAGCUGCUACAAGAAGGAGAUCUUCAACGAUCAUGUGCAGAAGGGCGUCCUGGUGUGGGCAGAGAAGGUCAAGACGAGUAGGAGGGGGUCUGAGAAGGGGUUGAAGGGAUUUGGCGCUGCUAGCAAGAAGGAAUCGACGACGACAGACAAUGCCGCUUCCGCGGAACCUUCUGUGAAGAUUGAAAUGGCCAAGGGUGGGGAGGAUGCUGCUGAGGGCGUUGGGGUGUGGGCAGAGAAGCUCAGGACGAGUAGGAGGGGGAUGAAUAAGGGAGUUGGCGCUGCUAGCAAGAAGGAAUCCACGAGCAAUGCCGCUUCCGGAGAACCUUCUUCUGUUAAGGUUGAAAUGGCGAAGGCUGGGGAGGAUGCUGAGGUCGUUGAAAACAUAGAAUAAUCAGAUGAUGAUGAUGGGAGUGGGACAGCAGGGUGCCCGUACGUGUUGUAGUGAUGUGUAACAGGUUCAGAUGUCAUCAUUUUUACUGUCGCAGCAGCAGCGAAAUAAGUGUCUCAGUAACUCAAUUUGAGGCUCAUGUAAAGAUUUAGGCUAUAAAUAAAGAGUACCCUUUGAAAUUUGAAUA